AUGGUUCCGACGUUACCUACCUUGUCCAGGUCUGUAAUGAAGCCCCUGAAUGCUGGAGCGUCUCAGUCUGAGUCUCUCUCACUGCUCCACCGACGCCUCCGGGUGGCCGAGGGACAGGGGGCGGAGCUAGCAAAGAGACUGGGGGUCUCUGGAGAUGAGCCAGGGGCAGAGUUCAUGGACAUCUUGCAAUCCAAGGCUCUGGGGGCAAGAAUGUGUCGUCUCGAGAGUCUCUUACAUGCACUGAAGCUGAGCGUCUUCCGCAUUGAGACAACGAGAGACCUGACCUCGUCCCAUACAGCUCAUCUGCAAGAGCAGCUCACGGCUCUUCAGGAGCAGUCUGAGGAGGAGCAGCACUCCUCACAGAGGGAGGUGAUACGUCUGAGGGAUCAGCUGCAGCAGGAGCGAGAGGAGGCACAGAGGGAGACGCAGAGGCUGCGGGAACAGCUGCACAUCUCCUACCGCUCUCAGAUGGAUGCCAGCGUAGCAGCAGACGAACUAAGGAAGGUCAAAGGUCAGCUGAGCCGGAAACUCUAUCAGAUGAAGGAGGAGCUGGCGCAGGAGACAGCGGCCCGUCUGGAGGCCGAGCAAUCCCAUGAUGCUCUGCUGCAGAGACUGAAGGAGAUGGAAGGGGAGGUGAAGCUUCUUCAAACCGAAAGCCACGCCCUCAAUGCUGACAGACAGGAGGCGAGGGCGGAGCUAGAAGAGAAGGCAGAGCUUAUAGAGAGAUUGCAGGAAGAGUGUCAGAACCUGAGGCAACAGUUAGAGGAGAAGGACAUUUUUACAUCAGAUCUGAGCACUGAGUUAAAGAUUGUGAAGAUAACUCUGCAGAAGCAGCAAAAGGAAAACAGUACAGUCAUUAGGGGCAGAGAAGAAUUGAGGGCAGCUACAGAUAAAGUUCAGGCACUGAAUGAUCAGUUAGAGGCUCAGUGCUCUGAUCUGAGUUCAGCUCUUCGCUCACUCACUGAGGAGAAAGCACAGCUGCAAGCCAGUCUAAAGACAGAGCAGGAGCGCACUGCACAGCUUCUGAAGGAUGUGGACCUGCAGUUAGACACAGCCAAGAGGAACAUGCAGUGUGAAGUGCAGCAGGCUCUAGCAGAUAGAAGCAAGCUAAACAAAGAAUUUGAAACACUGAAGGCCGAUCAUAUCAAACUACAGCAGAGCUCAGCUGCAGCCUUAGACGCAGCUGUCAAUCAUCAGGAGCUGCUGGAACGAACCAUCAAGCGUUUGAGGGAGGAGCUGAGCAACGUAAUGAAAGAGGGAGAGACCACGCAGAAAGAAAGGGAGGAGGUGUGUGCAGAGCUAGAAUAUGUGAGGAAAAACAACAAAAGUCUGCAGGAGCAACUCAAACAGGUGCAGGAGGAGUUAAAGGUGAAGGAACGCCAGAUGUGUGUGCUGGUUUCCGAGACAGAAUACGUUCAGCGAGAGAACCUGAGGCUGAAAGAUCAGCAACACAACACACACAUGAGGAACACUGAGACUCUGCAAACUGAACUGGGAGAGAUACUGGAUGUGAUGAACACACUUGGGAGUCAAAGAGAGGUGGAACUUCACAGGGCAAAACAAGAGAUUAAUCAAUUGACCAAGCAAGUCAAUGAACUCCGGAGAGCAAAGCAUCAUGGGAGGAAGUCAUCUCAGAGGGAGGUGUAUGAGCUGAUGAAAGCUCUCGAUGAAGCGUCGUCUAGGUCACGUGACCUCUCGCAAACCAAUCGGGAACUUCGGGAUAAAGUGCGUGAGCUGGAGAACCUUGUGUGUGAUCAGAACACUCGAAUUAAAGCACGGACGGAUCAGUUGAAGCAGAGAAACAAGAAUGAACUGGACAACUCAGCUUGGGAGAGGACUCAUUCCCUGGAGCAGCUGCGUAUUGACGUUGCGUCUCUGCAGGCCGAACUCUUCGAUCUCUCCUCCAGCCAGCAGAAGGAGGUGCAGGCAGAGCGACACCUCACACACACACUGCAGGAGAAAUGCGAGAUGUUGGAGGAUUGUGUAGUGAAGCUGAAAGAGGACAGAGAUGAAGUUGAACAAAAGAUGAAGCAGGUCAGCCUUGAGUCCCAGCAGAUUUCUGAGAACUUGCAGGAGGCUCACAGCUGGUUCAGAUCCAAAUUCAACAGCUUGGAAAGUGGAUUGGGACACAGCCGGGCGCCACUACAAGAGGAAACUCGGCACUUUGGGAACUGUGAAGGGAACGAGGCUUCACCUGCACAGGAUACAAGUGAGGUGGUGUGUGUGGCCGAGCCAGAGCUGGAACGCUGGGCUACUACACUACAGCGCUGGGAGAUGAAGAAAGAGCUGGACCGCACAGCUACAGGCUACAAAGCUGCAGCAAGAACACAUUUGCUGACAUAACACACACACACACACACACACACACACACACACACUCAGCACAGGAACACAAGACACCUCAGGAUCUUAUAUUUAUUGACACUUUUGUAGUAAAUUAAAUCAUUGAGUGUUUUUAUUCACAUUAUAACGUAUGUGAUCAUGUGUGUAAGUGUCUUUCCAGCAAAACGAGUUCAGUUUGACUUCACACUGAUUUAGUUAGAACUAUGCAGCUGCUAGUCAUCCACUUGACUGUGAGGUAACUUCCUACUAUUUCUAUUUCCGUGUUGUCUUUAACUAGAGAAUGUGCCUAAAUCCCGAAUAAACUGUUUAUACAUGA